AGGAAACCUUCAUAAUGACAACAAAAACGAUUAGUUUCAACUACAAAUUACCUUUUGUUUGGUUAGCUGUUGUGUUGUUGUUGCUGUUGCAAUGCUGCAAUUGCGCACAAGGCACACCGAUGCUCUACAAGAAGAAUCCACAAGACAAAUACGAAGCAGACCUUGUACCCGUUUCCUCGACUGUCAUCCCGCUAACAGUGCUCGAAGUCAGCUACGGUUUGGGCGGCAAACCCAGCGAGGAGUAUAAGCAAGCCUAUCUGAAGAAACUGCGCAAGAAGGUGCAACUCAAGCAGCACUCAAAACUGACACAACAACAACACGAUGGCGACGACGCUGAAUUAGCGGAUCCCGAUACGCUCAUAACAAUAAAAAAGAAACAUAACGAGACCAAUAAAGCCAAAGUCAAGGGCAUCUAAAGCAAUUGCAGAUGACAACGAUGACACGGCGGCAG